CAGUACUAAAAAAAAACCCCAUUUACAUUGUACUAAUGGCACUGAGCAGGAAGGGGUUAACAUGAGGGGCGAUCAAAGAGUUAACUGUGUGCUGGGUGUGUUUUACUAUGGGGCCGUGUGUUUGUGCUUCACUGUAAGCACACUGCUUUGUAUGGCUGUGCUGUGCACAGCCAUCCAAAGCAGUGUGCACGAGCUGACAGGGAGAACUGUUUUUUUUUUACAAACAGUUCUCCUCCUCAUCGGAGAUCCUUGGCAAUCACCGGGCGAUGGGGAGUAAUCACCGGCCGGGUCCCAGUCAUUAACUGUCGCGGCCGCAAAUGGCGGCGUGGGUAAGGCGUGCAUGUGCCUCGUGCGCGCGCCCCUACCCAGAAAUGUA